CUUACUUGAAUGGACAACCAGUUAUGACCACGGCAGUACAAGUGCAUUGGGAUUUUUCCCUGUCCAGAAGCACGUAGCUCAAACUGCUGUCUGUGCUCGGCAGAAUCUUGUGCCACGUUACGCUACGGUGCAUUUAGUUCAAAAUCAGUUCUCUGUCAUUUCUAGUAUGGGGGCCAGUAAAGAGCUGUUUUUGUUCGGAGAUCAGAAGUGCUCUAAGUAGGACAAGCGAGACUAAUACAGCUAGUUUCCUGCACUUCUUUGAACCGAAUUCCCAAGUAACACGGCGGACUCGGUAGGGUCACUAGACUUGGUCUGGGGAAAAAAAUCGUGCAAUAUGCUAAAGAAGCAGCCAGUUUUUUCUGCGCUCUAAAAAAUAAUGUGAGAGAAAUGAGAAGGAAAACAAUAGCGAAGCGAGUUAUUGACCACGAAAAUGGAGAAGAACAAGACGAGGAGGACCAAAAGCAAGAUAUCCACGAAAGGAAAUUGCAAACCAAGGUCUUAUGUCAUGGGCUGCAGAAAAGAAGAAAACAAAUGUACUCUACCAAAGACAAAGCAGAAGAAUAUUCUCCAUCCGCUGCCGGCCUCCAGAAGUUGAAAAUGAGGGUGUUUGAGUUGGAUAGCCCUGGUAUGGAGCCCUCAGCAGAAGGGGACUCCACCCCACAGGAGACGGACUGCCUGCAGCUGCGCUCGAAGGCAGAGCUGGUCGCUAUGGUGCUGUGCAUGCAGAAGGAGAUGGAGAGUUUGAAGGAGCAGAUACGGUACCUCACAGCAUGUGGAAAACUGGCCAGGAACCUGGAGGCUCUGGUUGAGAGGACUCAGCUGUGGUUGGGUGACGACGGCAGGAUUCCGUCUCCCAGCAUGCCCGGCGUUCUGGUCGGAGGUGACAGUCUGGUGCCGGCAGCACUGAAUGGGCAGUGGGUGAAACGGGACACCCCUUCCCUGAAUGGCCAGCCAGAGCCCCACAAACACGCCCAACAGAACGGACAGCCCGUCUUCCAAGAGUUUAUCACCCCAGAGCUGCUGGACCGCUGCAACACCGGCACCACGGCCCAGAAGCUGACCAACGACCUGCUGCGCGGGCUCUACGAGAGGGAGUGCCUGGCCUCGCACUCCAUCUCCGGCAUCGUCUACAACAAGAGGGGCCAGCCCAAGCCCGCUCUGCCGGCCGAGGAGGUCCAGGCCAUCCUGAGAGCAGUGCAGUACUACUUCCCUGGGAAGACAGACGCUGAGAUAAAGGGCUACAUCCGCCAGAAACUGCAGAACGAGGCCAAGAGGCUGCGGAAGAAGCCGCACCUCCUGGUGAAGGCGGAGGCCGGCACAGCCCCCGACGAGGCGCUGCGAGUUUACACUUAGAGCUGGGGCCUCGGAGUGCACCUCGGAUCACCCCAGCUCAGUGACCUGCACGGACUGCACCCAGCACCCACAGGGGGAAGGAGCAAGGCAGUGGCCUUACCCUGUCAGAUCAGUUUUAUCAUAACAGAAUAGCACCUGUCAGAUCAGAAUGUCUGUACAGAUCAGCAUACCCCUGUGAGAUCAGCAUACCCUUGUCAGAUUAGUAUAUCUUUGCAGAUCAGAAUACCCCUGUGAGAUCAGUGAACCUCUGUCAGAUCAAUAUAUAUUUAAAGAUCAGCAUACCCCUGUCAGUCAUCAGUCAUCUCUCUCAGAUCAUAAUGGUGCUGUAGGAUCAGCAUACCCUUUUCUGAUCUUUUUUCCCCAUAUUUUUGGGCAGUCUCUGAGAAACUGAGAAGAGGUGAAUUCCUGUUUUCAUAGUUGCGGGAAACCGCCAGUUUAAAAAGUGACUUCAGUUCCGGUGUGAUCAGGCCUUAUUUCUGCUCAGCAUAAUAUAGAUGAGAAUAUCCCCAAAACAUAACCCACCCCACUUCCAUUUAUCUGAAGUAUUGCCUUUGGAAGAUUAGUUUACAUCUCUGUUAUUUUCUGUGAGAAAAGUGAUAAGGCUUUGUGUGUAAGAGGUAGGACAGUGUAACAGUACCACUCAGUGAUGGGAUCAAUAUUUAAACUGUUUUCAGUGUAACUGAUAUGAUGUCAUACUUUCAUGGUCCCC